AUGGCACGGAGUCAAGCGCAUCAGGCUUUGGGAGGGGAUGAGUAUGAAGGCAUGAGAGCAAGAAUAGCAGGUUCAACUAUGGAGAGUGAUGUGAUUGGGCUGGUGCUAGACGACCCAGAUGGAGUAGUGACUGGAGAAGAUAAAAUUUGGUCCAGGUUAGAUGAGGAAGAAAUUGCUGGAAAAGAAGAGUAG